AUGCGCAAGUGGUUCGCUGUCGCACAAGCCAUUAGCGAUGCUUCAUUAGCAUUGUGCCGAUCCAAGGAAAAGGAGCUUACCGAACUCUCGGUAGGGAGAAUUUUGCAGCAAGACGAGAUUCAACUUCUCAAUGAGAAAGUAAAAGAGGCCGAAACUCAGCUGAAGGAGCUCGACGCGCAGAGUCAGAAUGAGGACUCUUCGUCUGUUUCGACUUCGCAACCCACCCGUAAGCGAAAAAAAUCUAGUCGAGCAUCGACGUCCGCCGCCCUCCUCCCGUCUCAAAUCGCUUCGUCUUCCAGUCAACCCUUUCCAAGUUCGACUAAGACGGCCAAUCGCGUGAAAUCCGGCGGUCGUCUUUCUAGUCCCAUUGUCCCUACCACAGACCCUACCCCUUCGUCCCGUAAACGUCCACGAUUGACCUCAUCUUCCAUCUCUGUGUCUACUACAUCAACCAUCCAGCGAAAAAGGUCGCCGUCUGUCAUCAUUGUCGGUGAUAGUGACGACGAAAUUAACUCGAAACCUCCUGUAUCUAAUAAGCCUAGUCCAAAAGAUCGGGCUGGGAGGGCCAAAAAGUCUAGGAAAUCUUUUGUGGUCGAUGAUGACGAACCAGCACCAACAAAGCUAAGAAAACAAGGAGUCCCAUCAGGCAAGGACAAGGACAAGGACAAGGAGGACCCGUUCCUCGAGUUCACGUCCUCCAGAUCUAAACCGCCAUCAAAGAGCAGCCAAAUAAAUAAAGGUAUCGCGUGCUCACAUACUUCCAGUGUUCCCGUGCUGACUAUUAUUUGA